ACUCACUUCAACUUCUUCAAAAACCUCAAACCAUCACAACUUACUUCUAACUUCUCCAAAAACCCUCACUUCCAUCCAACAUGUCUGGUGUCUGGGUAUUCAAGAACAAUGGAGUCAUGCAACUUGUUGAGAACCCGGGAGCCGACCAUGCUGAGGGGAGGCGUGGCUCCGGGAGUUCCACCUCCAAGCGGAAGGUGCUGGUGCACCUUCCGUCUGGACAAGUGGUGUCGUCGUACAACUUGCUCGACCAAAUCCUGAGGGAUUUGGGGUGGGAGAGGUACUAUGGAGGCGACCCCGACCUCUACCAAUUCCACAAACGCUCCUCCAUCGACCUCAUCUCUCUCCCCAAAGACUUCAACAAGUUCAACUCCAUUUACAUGUAUGACAUCGUUGUCAAGAACCCUAAUAUCUUUCAUGUCCGAGACAUGUAGCUUUGAGAUUCUUCCUAGGGUUUGGGAUUCUCUGUCGUGUCUGUUUGAUUUCUUGGUUUGGUGUGAUGGUUGAUUUCUGUUGUAAAUUAAGAGCAAUUGCAUGAUCUUCAAGUGUGCUUUAUAUAUAUAGGAUAUGGAUUUGAUUUUUCUCUCUUUUUUGUUACUACAUUAUGUUUUGUAUGGAGUUUGACAGUUUGUAAUGAUCAUGUUCUUCUUUGUUUCAUCAAAUCUACAGUCUUGUUUAA